AUGCCACUGAAUCUAGGAUCUGCUUCGUGCCCGUUUACGGAACUACAUGCGGUGCACGGGUGUACCGAAAUCACUAGCUCACGUCCCGUCCUCAACGAUCCGAAUCUGACGGGUCACAAAAACCGUCCGACCAGCCAUCCAUCUUCCGCAUCCUCCUCGCCAUAUAUAACACCCGUAGACGCUCCCAUAUCUCCAACCAUGAGUACCUAUUUAAGCCCCCCAAGCUCCCCACCCUUGCGCUUCCCCAAACUCGGCCGCGCUUCUCCCGACCAGGCUCAGUACAGCUUCCUCACCAACCGUUCAGAGUUUCUUGCUCUGCGCCGUCAGGUGUCUACAGACGCACUUUCGUCUGCCAGGUCCGCGAGCUACUACGAUUUUUUGCAGUCGGUCACGCCGGCUAGCAACACCUGCCAGCUCGACUGGAUCAACGCUCGUGCGGCAGAGCUCAAGGCGCUGAAAACUCGACGCUCCUUUGCCCGCUGGCUUGACAAGCAGUACCAAACGCUGCACGGAGAGGAUUUGCUUGCCUUCUCGGACGUGCUGAGCGAGGAGGAUACUCCAGAACCGCCUCCGUGCACCGCUCCGCGCGCGGCCCCCAGCGCACCACCGCCAAAACCGGGCACGGGAGCCGCCUACGUAAUUACUGACAUAAUCACAUUGAUGGCGGCGCAGGCGGCUGUGGUGGUCCUUGUUGUGGGGCUGUGGUGGUGUGUGUUUGCGGACAGCACGGACGUCGCGUACGUGCGGUCGAUUUUGGCCGUUUUGAAGGCCAUGUUGACAGACAAGAGAGAGACUAAAUAG